AUGCCUCCAGAAAUAUAUCAAUCAAUGUUAGGUCAACACAAUCAAGUAGAGGUUUCUUUUGUUUGUGGACUGUUGUCUUUCACACCUUGUUGCCUAUUUCCUUGUUGCCUGUUUCCUAACAUCCUCCUCCAGUAGAGAGCUGGCCUGCAUCCCAAAUGACACCAUAUUCCCUAUACAGUGUACUACUUUUGACCCCUGGCCCAUAUGGCUCUGGUCAAAUUAGUGCAUUAUGUAGGGAUUAGGGAGCCAUUCAAGGAGACCACCAUCGUCCCAGUGUCCAAGAAAGACAAGGUGACAUGCCCAAAUGACUAUCGCCCCGUCACACAGACGCUGGUCAUCAUGAAGUGCUUGGAGAUGCUGGUCAUGGCUCACGUCAAGGCCAGCUUGCCAGACACACUGGACCCACUCCAAUUUGAAUACCGCUCCAACAGAUCCAAGGUUCAAUUUCCAUCGCUAUUCACGCGGCUGUAACACAUCUGGACAAGAAGAACACCUAUGUGAGAAUGCAGUUCAUUGACUACAGUUCAGCAUUCAACACUAUUGUUCCCUCCAAGCUUAACACCAAGCUCAGAGCAUCCUCAGUUCUCUGCUGUACUACCUGUUCAGCCACGACCGUGUAGCUUUCCAAGACACCAAGUCAUCAUCAACUUUGCUGACGACACCACAGUUGUAGGCCUGAUAACCAACAAUGACGAGUCAGCCUAUAGGGAGGAGGUAAGUGAACUGGCAUUGUGGUGCCAGGACAACACCAUUCCUUCAACGUCAGCAAAACAAAUGAGUUGAUUGUUGACUCAGGAAGCAGAGGAGGGAACAUGCCGCGAUCCACAUCGUCAGGACUGCAGUAGAGGGAGUCAGCUGUUUUAAGUUCCUUUGAGUCCACAUCACCGAAGACUUGACAUGGACCAACAACAUCACCACUCUUGUCAAGAGGGCGCAGCAGCGUCUCUACUUCCUAAGGCAGCUGAAAAAAUUUGGCAUGCCACCCCCGGUCCUCUCCAAAUACUACCACUGCACCAUCGAGAGCGUCCUGACCGGUUCCAUAAUGGCCUGUUACUGCUCCGUCCACGACCACAAGGCCCUCCAGUGGGUGGUGAAGACGGCCCAGGACAUCACUGGGGCCGUGCUCCCACCCAUCCAGAACAUCACUGGGACCGUGCUCCCACCCAUCCAGGACAUCACUGGGACCCGUUGCUCCACUCCAUCCAGGACAUCACUGGGACCGUGCCUCCCACCCAUCAGUACAUCACUGGACCUGAUCCCAACCAUCCAGGACAUCACUGGGACCGUGCUCUCCACCCAUCCAGGACAUCACUGGGACCGUGCCCCAAACAUCCAGGACAUCACCUGGGACCGUGCUUCACCACCCAUCCAGGCAUCACUGGGACCGUGAUCCCACCCAUCCAGGACAUCACGGGGACCGUGCUCCCACCCAUCCAGGACAUCAAUGGGACAGUGCUCCCAACAUCAGGGACAUCCUGGGAACGUGCUCCCACCCAUCCAGUACACACUGGGACCGUGCUCCCAACCCAUACAGGACAUCACUGGGACCGUGCUCCCAACCCAGCCAGUACAUCACUGGGAACCGUGCUCCCACCCAUCCAGGGGACAUCACUGGGACCGUGCUCCCACCAUCCUGUACAUCAUUGGACCGUGCUCCCACCCAUCCAGGACAUCACUGGGACCGUGCUCCCACCCAUCCAGGACAUCACUGGGACCGUGCUCCCACCCAUCCAGGACAUCUACUUGAAACGGUGCCUGAGGAAAGCGCGCAGCAUCAUCAAGGACCCCACACACCCCAGCCACGAGCUGUUCUCUCCCUCACCAUCAGGCAGAUGGUAUCGGAGCAUGAGGUCUGAUACCAACAGGCUCAGAGACAGUUUCUGUCUACAAGCCAUCAGACUGUUGAACAUUUGAACUGGAUUGAGAAACUGCUCUGAUUCUCCGCACCUUAGCACAAAUGCACUCACUCACACACACACACACGCACACACAUAUACUACUAUUCAUUCUACACACAUCACAACUGCUGCUACCAGACUCUUAUUAUGAUACUGCGCAAUUUAAACACUUGCCCCCCAAUCCUCCCUUCCCCAAAACGUGUAAAUAUUGGACUAUAAAUGGUGCCUUCCUGUAUUAUACUGAUGCUAAAAUGUUUAUUCUACUGAGCCAUUUACUUUAUGUUCCUAUUAUUAUCUUUCAUUACUUCUUAUUGUUGUUACAUUGUCGAGUAAGGAACAUGCAAGUAAGCAUUUCAUUGGACGGUGUAUGCCAUGUGUAUCCCGUAUAUACGACCAAUAAAACAUGACACCUGAAACUUGAUUUGGCCCUGGAGUUUAGUUCAGCUGUGGGGCUAGAAGAACAUAUCCCUUAACAUUUCCUAAAUGAUCUGCUUGUGUUUUGCCCUAGAUGUUCUCUAUCCUAAAGGCUUCUUUGUAAUGUUGCUGUCCACUUCCUUGAGUAAUCGGAGGAUGGCAGCGUUGUGUGUGUGUGUUCUCAUCAGUAUUCUGAACAGAGAAAACCACACCUCCCCUAGGCCUAAUGAGAUUAUAUCUCUCUUUCUCUUUCUCUCUUCCUCCCUUUCUCUCUCCAUCUCUCUUUCUCCAUCCUCCUGUCCCCCCCCCCCCCCUCUCUCUCUCUCUUCCCAUCUCUCCCCCCUUCCUCUCUCUCACCCCUCCCCCUCCCUCCCUCCCUCCCUCCCUCCCUCCCUCCCUCCCUCCCUCCCUCCCUCCCUCUCUUUCUCCAUCCCGUUCUCUUUCUCUCUACCUCUCUCUGUCUCUCCAUCCCUCUCUUCCGCAGGGGCUCUGAAAUCAUACCUCCGUGAGCUUCCAGAGCCACUGAUGACCAGUGAACUUUACGAGGACUGGAUUCAGGCGUCAAAGUGAGUAGAGAUUCCCUUCAUAACCACAGCAUCUCCACUACAGAUAACAGAUCCCUUCAUAACCACAUCAUCUCUACUACAGAUAACAGAUCCCUUCAUAACCACAGCAUCUCCACUACAGAUAACAGAUCCCUUCAUAACCACAGCAUCUCUACUACAGAUAACAGAUCCCUUCAUAACCACAGCAUCUCUACUACAGAUAACAGAUCCUUUUUUAGUUAUGUUAAAGAGCUGGAGAUGACUCUUCUAUUCUAGAAUGACUUUCCUAUUUCUAUGGGGAGAACUCCAUAAAGAAGGGUACAUUACCAUACUGACAGAACAGACGGUGAACCGGUAUCACAAUAAUAGUCAUUAUUAACACAGUGUUUCUCAACCUCCGGUCCGUGGUCCGGCACUGGUCCCUGGGUUGUUGUUUACCGGUCCCUCAGAUGGUUAGCUGACACCAAUUAGCCUCUCAAUGACAAUACACUGUAGCCUGCUGGUCUCCCUGGUAUAAAAUAAUGUUGAGAAAAACACUGCCUUGAGCACAACUCACCCUGAGCACUGUUCACUGCUCUCUUCAUCGUUCAGUAUUCAGGAUAUGGACAAGAGACUACAAGCUCUGCUGGCGGCAUGUGAAAAACUACCAACUGACAACUUCAACAAUUUCAGGUCAGUACCCAUCUCUGCCUCCCUCUCUCUACAAUCUACAUAUACCUACUGCCAGUAGGUAUUAACCCUCCAGUGAGGAUCUGUUUUAUCUGUUUGGGUUGUUGCCAGGCUGAAGUUUCCUCUAAGUUUAGAUCUAGGAUCAGAUUCCCCUCCCCCACUCCUAACCUUAACCAUUAGUGGGGGAAUUGCAAAAGUGAUCCAUGGUCAGCGUCUAGGGUCUUCAACCUACUACAUAGUCAACAUGUUGUUUAUGAGAUGAAUCAGUAGGUUUCUAGUGUAGAUUAUGUUUUAUCUGGGUGUUAUAGUUCUGGGUCUGUGUUGCUAUGUUUACACAGGCAGACCAAUUCUGAUCUUUUAUCACUAAUUGGUAUUUUGACCAAGCAGAUCAGCUCUGAAAAAGAUAUGAUGUGAAAAGAUUUGACGUGAUUGGUCAAAAGACCAAUUAGUGGAAAAAAGAUCAGAAUGGAGCUGACAGUGUAGACGCAGCCUGUGUCUUGGACCUCCUAUCAGGGUUAGAGUCCCUGUGUUCGCUAAAAUAUUGUUAACCAACAGAGACCAUCAGGGAAUGUGUGUGUGUGUGUUUGUGUGUGUGUGUGUGUGUGUGUGUGUGUGCGUGUGCGUGUGUGUGUGAUUUCACAGUAUAGUUCGAAAGCUGAACAAAUAGGCCCUAGUGUUGAGUCAUGCUGAUUUGAACAUAUCAAGUUGUCUUCCUUCUGGGGAGUUUUCCCUGGCCACUGCUGCUGCUUGGUCUUUAUGGUUCCAGGUCUGGUUACUGUGCUGCUGCUUGGUCUUUAUGGUUCCAGGUCUGGUUACUGUGCUGCUGCUUGGUCUUUAUGGUUCCAGGUCUGGUUACUGUGCUGCUGCUUGGUCUUUAUGGUUCCAGGUCUGGUUACUGUGCUGCUGCUUGGUCUUUAUGGUUCCAGGUCUGGUUACUGUGAUGCUGCUUGGUCUUUAGGGUUCCAGGUCUGGUUACUGUGCUGCUGCUUGGUCUUUAUGGUUCCAGGUCUGGUUACUGUGAUGCUGCUUGGUCUUUAUGGUUCCAGGUCUGGUUACUGUGAUGCUGCUUGGUCUUUAUGGUUCCAGGUCUGGUUACUGUGCUGCUGCUUGGUCUUUAUGGUUCCAGGUCUGGUUACUGUGCUGCUGCUUGGUAUUUAUGGUUCCAGGUCUGGUUACUGUGAUGUUGCUUGGUCUUUAUGGUUCCAGGUCUGGAUACUGUAAAGCAUAUGGUGAUAAAUGUUGACUUUAAAAAGGGCUAUAUAAAUACAUUUGAUUGACUGAUUGAUAGACUGAUUGAUUGAAUGAUUUAUAGACUGAUUGAUUGAAUGAUUGAUAGACUGAUUGAUUGAGUGAUUGAUAGACUGAUUGAUUGAGUGAUUGACAGACUGAUUGAUUGAGUGAUUGAUUGAGUGAUUGAUUGACAGACUGAUUGUUUGUGUGUGUAUUUCUCCUCUUCCUAUCAGAUACUUAAUUAAGUUCCUAGCCAAGCUAGGAGAGUAUCAGGACUCCAACAAGAUGACUCCUGGUAACAUGGCUAUAGUUCUGGGUCCCAACCUGCUAUGGACGCACUCCAACGAGAGUGGGUACGUGUCCUGUCCUCCGUUCUCUCUCUCUCUCUCCUCAAAAUACGCUGCUUUAUCAGUAAACAUUUUAUUCAUCUUUUGACAGUCUGCGGAGGGUACUUUGAAAUACUUUAGAUGCAUGUUGUUCACUUUACCCGGUACAAUACUCCUAUCGAAUAGUCCCAAAAGGACAAACUCCCAAGUUAAAUCAGGUGCACCUCAAAUUGUCUUAGUGAUGUGUUUCCUGUCUGACUGAGUGUUUGGUGUCUCCAGGAACAUGACCGAGAUGAUGACCACAGUAUCUCUUCAGAUAGUGGGGAUCAUAGAACCCAUCAUACAGCACGCUGACUGGUUCUUCCCUGGAGGUGAAACACACACAUACCUUUAAACACACACACACUCACACACACACACCAACACACCACACACACACCAACACACACACCACACACACCCAGCACACACCACACCACACACACACACUCACACACACACAUACCUUUAACACCACACACACUCACACACACACACACCAUAACACCACACCUAAUACCUGCAAACACACACCACACCCACACAACCCACCCACAAACACACACUGUCACAUUAAGGAUCCAUGAAGCUACUUGAUUCACUCUCCAAGUCCUCCCCCUCCUAUGAAGAUGGAGUUUUAAUCGAACAGGCUGCUACGGCAGUCCCAUCCACGCCAACCACAACUCUAACUACAGCUCCAUGCCUUCGCCAGACAUGGACCAAUCGGAACGCAAGCUGUCGCACGACCAGGGCAGACGUCCACUCAGUGUUGCCACUGACAACAUGAUGCUGGAAUUCUACAAGAAGGAUGGGUAGGCUGCGGCCUAAGUCACUGCUAUCCACACACUAUCUUAUUCUAUCUCCAUUCCUAUCUACUUGAUUCUCCCUACUCUCACUCUACACACUCACACAAACCCAAACUGUACUUAGGAUCAUGACUAGUCAUCUCUUCUCUCCUUCCGCCUCCUAUAGAGAUUAGUUUUAAUCUGACAGGCUGCUACGGCAGUCCUCUCAGUCACGCUCUAACUCUUCAUGUCUAUACUACAGCAUAUCAAUGCACUCUUCGCCAUAACAGUGGACUCAAUGGAGUCAACGUGUCUCAGACCAGGCAAGAGCCCAACUCGCGUUGCAUCUGACAACAUGAUUCUGGACAUUCUACAAGAAAAUGCGUAGCUGCUGCUACAAGACUCAAGAUCGCUACUCUACCUAACAUACCACACCCAUCACCCAGUUCUAAUCAUUCUCUCUCUCUCGUGUUCUCUGAUAGCGUUCGUCUCUCCAUCUGCAGACUCAUCAAUCUUCUCCUCUCUCUGAAUGUCCACUCUCAUCUUCUGCACUUUGGAAAAUCUCGCGAGAGUCUCAGUCUAUAGGAGCUCGACGCAUGAUCUCUCUCUCGCGCAUGAGUAGGACAGCGAUCCUCGCCGAGAGCACUUCUCCGCGCUCUCUCUCUCGUCGGCGCUCUUCGUCCAUCUCUCGUCUCUCUCGCGAGCUCUCUCUGUCUUCUUCUCAAGGCGCUUCUCCUUUAUCUCUCUCCUCACUCUCGGCUCUCUUCUCUCUUGUCUUCUGAUCUCUCUCUCCUCUCUCUCUCUCUCUCUUCUCCUCUCUUUCUCUCUCUCUGUUCUCAUGCAGCAUCAAAACCCACAUGAUGCCACCCACUCCUUCUCUUCUCUCUGUUGGUCUUAUAAAGUAUUGAGCCAGAAGCUUGAGGAACAGAUUGCUAGUUUGUUAAAGACACAUGACUCAGGCAGAGUAUUUACAUAAUGCAGUAGAUCUUUAAAGGUUUAAUGAAGCAUCUAUGAAAAGGAAAUACAUUCUACAAAAGGAGUUAUAAGGUCUAUGAUCAUCUAUGAAGGUCUUAUGAAGGGUUUAUGAAGGCUUCUUAAAGGGCAAUUCUCCAGCACCAAACCAGUGUCUACAUAUGUGAAAACAGUGUGUCUCUAUGAUCUGUGGUUAAAAAGAUGACAAGACAGGCACUACAACAAGGCUUCUUUGUGUCAUCACAGGGUAGGGUUAAAGUAAAAAAUACAGUGAUGUUCUUGCUCCCCACGUCACCGCGAAUCUCAAAGUGUUUGAAAAUCUUUUUUUUUAAACUUUUUUAAAACUUUUGAUGAUGUCAACUUAGAAAUGAGCCGUUUUCAAAUACAGUGUAUGUUGACACUGGUUUUGUGUUGGAGAUAAUGAACAUGAGGUUGAAAAGUGGUGGAUUGCCCUUUAAGUGGUUGUUCAUCUACAUUGCUCUGAUUUAGAGCUCUCAGUAGAACACAGAAGGAGGGUAGAUAUCUGCCCUGUCAAAUAUCCUCUCAUCCAAAUAGCUGCCAGCUUUACCAGUCCUCAUCUAGAGGGGAGGGAUACCCUGGGAAUGCAAACACACCUUAUUUAAAUAGUCCACACACAUCUUUUUUAAAUAGUCCCGGCCCGGUGAAUGGCACCAUCGCCGUCUCUAUGGCAACACGGCAGCAGUGAUAGAGGCUGCUUCUAGUUGCUUCUUCGCAUUCUCCUGAGAUCUACACACACACACACAAACGCACUCACACCAUGCACACACACACACCAUGAACGCACACACACACACACAAACUCACACCAUGCACGCACACACACACCCACGCCUGGCCUAUCCUUCUCAGUCUGGGACGUCACCUGCCCUCCCUGACUCACCAGGUGGAAAAUCACUGGCAGGCAUGCCAAGAUCCUCCCUCACAGAAAUAGUCUCGGAAAACCAGACCUUGGAGCAACGUUGGAGCAAUGGCACCAGGUCUGGGCAGAAUGUCAGAUUCUCUCUGACGUUUAGAAAGGGGAAAAUAGACAGACGACUCUCCCAACGAAUCACAAGUUUGGGUAGGCGGAGCUUAAAAUGUGGGCGGGAGUUGUGCUAAUGUUUAGCUAGGGCAACAAGUGGAUACAGCAGUGACGUCACCGCUGACCCGCUUCUAUUUACUAUUCGACAUCUCUGAUGGCGGAACUUCUACAGACGUGUAAACCGGAACAUUGGAACAUUGAGGGAGGCAACCCGUCUGUCCAGAGAGACCAGAGAGACUAUCACAGAGACUAUCACUAGAUUUACUCUUUCACAUUGAAAUAUCGUUUUCUCACCACACACUUAAACCCCAAACAGUUUUCCCAUGUGAGACACUGGUAGAAAAGAUAGUUGUUAUCCAUUUAGGAUAAUGACCAGUUUUGUAACUGUGGCGUAUCAAAGGCAGGCUAUUGUUACUGUGCUGGACUGAGGAGAGCUGUGAGGAUGUCUUUGUCUUUGCGUGUGAGUCCACUCCAGAGAACUUAGCUUGGCUUAAUUACUGUAUUAACUAACGAGGCACUAAUUUCCUCUUGGUAGGACAGUGCAGGCUACUCAUUUGGUCGGGCAUGUCCCAAUACUUCUGAAACCCUCUCUACCCUGUCACUGUGGAUCUCAUCCCCCCGAAUACAGACAACACUGUAGCCCUGUAACUCAGGGGACUAUGUAGCUCCCUAACCCUCUAUGUAGCUCCCUAACACUCUAUGUAGCUCCCUAACCCUCUAUGUAGCUCCCUAACCCUCUAUGUAGCUCCCUAACCCUCUAUGUAGCUCCCUAACCCUCUAUGUAGCUCCCUAACCCUCUAUGUAUAUGUAGCUCCCUAACUCUCUAUGUAGCUCCCUAACCCUCUAUGUAGCUCCCUAACCCUCUAUGUAGCUCCCUAGCCCUCUAUGUAGCCCCCUAACCCUCUAUGUAGCUCCCUAUCUCUCUAUGUAGCUCCCUAACCCUCUAUGUAGCUCCCUAACCCUCUAUGUAGCUCCCUAACCCUCUAUGUAGCUCCCUAACCCUUUAUGUAGCCCCCUAACCCUCUAUGUAGCUCCCUAACCCUCUAUGUAGCUCCCUAACCCUCUAUGUAGCUCCCUAACCCUCUAUGUAGCUGCCUAACCCUCUAUGUAGCUCCCUAGCCCUCUAUGUAGCGCCCUAACCCUCUAUGUAGCUCCCUAACCCUUUAUGUAGCCCCCUAACCCUCUAUGUAGCUCCCUAACCCUCUAUGUAGCUCCCUAACCCUGUAUGUAGCUCCCUAACCCUCUAUGUAGCUCCCUUGCCCUCUCCACUAGCCUCUGUGUAUGAAUAGAAAGUGAGCGGAAUGUGUCUCUUACGUGCCUCUCGUCUCUUUGCCCCGUCAAAGCAGCAUAAGGAAAAUACAAAGGUACUGUAUGGUUCCUCCUCUAGUCCUGACCUCCUCCUCUGGUCCCGACCUCCUCCUCUAGUCCUGACCUCCUCCUCUAGUCCUGACCUCCUCCUCUAGUCCUGACAUCCUCUUCUAGUCCUGACAUCCUCCUCUAGUCCUGACCUCCUCCUCUAGUCCCCUGACCUCCUCCUCUACACCUGACCUCGUCCUCUAGUCCUGACCUCCUUCUCUAGUCCUGACCUCCUCCUCUAGUCCCCUGACCUCCUUCUGUAGUCCCCUGACCUCCUCUUCUAGUCCUGACCUCCUCCUCUAGUCCCCUGACCUGCUCCUCUAGUCCUGACCUCAUCCUCUAGUCCCCUACCCUCCUUCUGUAGUCCCCUGACCUCCCUCUCUAGUCCUGACCUCCUCCUAUAGUCUUGACCUCCUCCUCUAGUCCUGACCUCCUCCUCUAGUCUUGAACUCCUCCUCUAGUCCCCUGACCUCCUCCUAUAGUCUUGACCUCCUCCUCUAGUCCUGACCUCCUCCUCUAGUCCUGACCUCCUACUCAAGUCAUGACCUCCUCCUCUAUUCCUGACCUCCUCCUCUAGUCCCCUGACCUGCUCCUCUAGUCCUGACCUCAUCCUCUAGUCCCCUGACCUCCUCUUCUAGUCCCCUGACCUCCUCUAGUCUUGACCUCCUCCUCUAGUCCUGACCUCCUCCUCUAGUCCUGACCUCCUCCUCUAGUGCUGACCUCCUCCUCUAGUCCUGACAUCCUCUUCUAGUCCUGACCUCCUCCUCUAGUCCUGACCUCCUCCUCUAGUCCCCUGACCUCCUCCUCUACACCUGACCUCCUCCUCUAGUCCUGACCUCCUCCUCUAGUCCUGACCUCCUACUCUAGUCCCCUGACCUCCUUCUGUAGUCCCCUGACCUCCUCUUCUAGUCCUGACCUCCUCCUCUAGUCCCCUGACCUGCUCCUCUAGUCCUGAUCUCAUCCUCUAGUCCCCUGACCUCCUUCUGUAGUCCCCUGACCUCCCUCUCUAGUCCUGACCUCCUCCUAUAGUCUUGACCUCCUCCUCUAGUCCUGACCUCCUCCCCUAGUCUUGAACUCCUCCUCUAGUCCCCUGACCUCCUUCUGUAGUCCCCUGACCUCCCUCUCUAGUCCUGACCUCCUCCUAUAGUCUUGACCUCCUCCUCUAGUCCUGACCUCCUUCUGUAGUCCCCUGACCUCCUCCUCUAGUCCUGACCUCCUACUCUAGUCCCCUGACCUCCUUCUGUAGUCCCCUGACCUCCUCUUCUAGUCCUGACCUCCUCCUCUAGUCCUGACCUGCUCCUCUAGUCCUGAUCUCAUCCUCUAGUCCCCUGACCUCCUUCUGUAGUCCCCUGACCUCCCUCUCUAGUCCUGACCUCCUCCUAUAGUCUUGACCUCCUUCUCUAGUCCUGACCUCCUCCCCUAGUCUUGAACUCCUCCUCUAGUCCCCUGACCUCCUCCUCUAGUCUUGACCUCCUCCUCUUUGUCCUGACCUCCUCCUCUAGUCCUGACCUCCUCCUCUAGUCCUGACCUCCUCCUCUAGUCAUGACCUCCUCUUCUAUUCCUGACCUCCUCCUCUAGUCCCCUGACCUGCUCCUCUAGUCCUGACCUCAUCCUCUAGUCCCCUGACCUCCUCUUCUAGUCCCCUGACCUCCUCUAGUCUUGACCUCCUCCUCUAGUCCUGACCUCCUCCUCUAGUCCUGACCUCCUCCUCUAGUCAUGACCUCCUCUUUUAUUCCUGACCUCCUCCUCUAGUCCUGACCUCCUCCUCUAGUCCUGUCCUCCUCCUCUAGUCCCCUGACCUCCUUCUGUAGUCCCCUGACCUCCUCUUCUAGUCCUGACCUCCUCCUCUAGUCCCCUGACCUGCUCCUCUAGUCCUGAUCUCAUCCUCUAGUCCCCUGACCUCCUUCUGUAGUCCCCUGACCUCCCUCUCUAGUCCUGACAUCCUCCUAUAGUCUUGACCUCCUCCUCUAGUCCUGACCUCCUCCUCUAGUCUUGAACUCCUCCUCUAGUCCCCUGACCUCCUCCUCUAGUCUUGACCUCCUCCUCUAGUCCUGACCUCCUCCUCUAGUCCUGACCUCCUACUCUAGUCAUGACCUCCUUUUCUAUUCCUGACCUCCUCCUCUAGUCCCCUGACCUGCUCCUCUAGUCCUGACCUCAUCCUCUAGUCCCCUGACCUCCUCUUCUAGUCCCCUGACCUCCUCUAGUCAUGACCUCCUCCUCUAGUCCCCUGACCUCCUCCACUAGUCCCCUGACCUCCUCCUCUAGUCCCCUGACCUCCUCCUCAAGUACCCUGAACUCCUCAUCUAGUCCUGACCUCCUCCUCUAGUCCUGACCUCCUCCUCCAGUCCCAUGACCUCCUCCUCCAGUCCCCUGACCUCCUCCUCUAGUCCUGACCUCCUCUAGUCCUGACCUCCUCCAGUCCCCUGACCUCCUCCUCCAGUCCCCUGACCUCCUCCUCCAGUUUCCUGACCUCCUCCUCUAGUCCUGACUUCCUCCAGUCCCCUGACCUCCUCUUCUAGUCCCAUGACGUCCUCCUCUAGUCCUAACCUCCUCCAGUGUCUGACCUCCUCCUCCAGUCCCCUGACCUCUUUCUCUAGUCCCCUGACCUCCUCCAGUCCCCUGACCUCCUCUUCUAGUCCCCUGACGUCCUCCUCUCACCUCUCUUUUUCUCUCUAUUUCUCUACAGUUUGUUUAGUUUUUCAAUCGUCUCGUCUGACUGUCUCUUGUUUUAUGUGUCUCUGUCUCUCCCAGUAUGGGUGUCCGGGUGAUGGACACGUCCUGGGUGUCUCGUAAGGGUUCGUCCACCCUGGCCCGUAAGGCCUCGUCCACCCCUCCCAGCGUCCAGGGUCCUGGCUCCCCUGCUGACCACUCCCUCAUCCUGGAGCAGCCUGGAGAGCUGACCCAGUCCCCCUCACCCCCUCCUCCACCUGGGGAAAGGGACCGGAUCGGGUAAGUCCCCACCACCACCACCACCACCAUGGAGGAUUCCUCCUCUCCACCUUCCUCCCCUCUUCAUCAUUGUCACCAUCAUCAUCAUCAUCUUCACCAGCUCUCCAUGACUUGUCUUGAAGUUUGUGCGGUUGUUGUUGUUGUUGUCGUUUAACUUGUGCUGUUAUGUGUCUCACAGACUUCUUUAUCUCGUCUCUGCUCAUCUCUAACAUGAUUUGGGGUUCUUUCCUGUUUGCCUAUUUCUCCUCAUCCUCUAUCCCUCCACUUCACCGUUGUUGUUUAGUCUGUUAGCUUUAUGUCACUGUGGGAGAUUAUAAAGAGGGCCUAGCUAACGUUCCUUCAGUUUCUAGAGGGUACACUAUGGUUUAUAGCCCACGUCAAGUUUUCAUAAACACUUUAUUUGAAGUACAUACGAAUACGUUUUCUUUACUUAAAUGUCACAUCAUAUAAUUUCACUCCACAAGUCUCUGAGAGCAUGUCAUUAUUCAAACUGAUCCCAGUGACGUGGUAUGGCUUGAGUUCAACCUGAUCCCAGUGAUGUGGCGUGGCUUGAGUUCAACCUGAUCCCUGUGACGUGGCGUGGCUUGAGUUGACCUCUGUUGCCAUGGUUACUUUUUUUUCUGCUGACACACACUGAGUGACUUUGACCGUUUUGAUUUCUACUCUCAUCUUAAACCGCACCAGUUAUUAAUAUAAUCCAUCCCAGUUAAUAUCACAUUAAAGUGGCAAUCUGAGGUUGAUACAUCAAUUUUGUUAUUGUUUGAACCCCAGAUUGCCCCUUUAAUAAUGGCUGCAUCCAUGUGAAAUGUUGCUCCUGUGUUGCAGAAAGGCUGUUUAUAAGAUACAGUGAGGGAAAAAAGUAUUUGAUCCCCUGCUGAUUUUGUACGUUUGCCCACUGACAAAGAAAUGAUCAGUCUAUAAUUUUAAUGGUAGGUUUAUUUGAACAGUGAGAGACAGAAUAGCAACAAAAAAAUCCAGAAAAAUGCAUGUCAAAAAUGUUAUAAAUUGAUUUGCAUUUUAAUGAGGGAAAUAAGUAUUUGACCCCCUCAGGCUCCCAGGUGUCUUUUAUACAGGUAACGAGCUGAGAUUAAGAGCACACUCUUAAAGGGAGUGCUCCUAAUCUCAGCUUGUUACCUGUGUAAAAGACACCUGUCCACAGAAGAAAUCAAUCAAUCAGAUUCCAAACUCUCCACCAUGGCCAAGACCAAAGAGCUCUCCAAGGAUGUCAGGGACAAGAUUGUAGACCUACACAAGGCUGGAAUGGGCUACAAGACCAUCGCCAAGCAGCUUGGUGAGAAGGUGACAACAGUUGGUGCGAUUAUUCGCAAAUGGAAGAAACACAAAAUAACUGUCAAUCUCCCUCGGCCUGGGGCUCCAUGCAAGAUCUCACCUCAUGGAGUUGCAAUGAUCAUGAGAACGGUGAGGAAUCAGCUCAGAACUACACGGGAGGAUCUUGUCAAUGAUCUCAAGGCAGCUGGGACCAUAGUCACCAAGAAAUCAAUUGGUAACACACUACGCCGUGAAGUACUGAAAUCCUGCAGCGCCCGCAAGGUCCCCCUGCUCAAGAAAGCACAUAUACAGGCCCGUCUGAAGUUUGCCAAUGAACAUCUGAAUGAUUCAGAGGAGAACUGGGUGAAAGUGUUGUGGUCAGAUGAGACCAAAAUCGAGCUCUUUGGCAUCAACUCAACUCGCUGUGUUUGGAGGAGGAGAAAUGCUGCCUAUGACCCCAAGAACACCAUCCCCACCGUCAAACAUGGAGGUGGAAACAUUAUGCUUUGGGGGUGUUUUUCUGCUAAGGGGACAGGACAACUUCACCGCAUCAAAGGGACGAUGGACAGGGCCAUGUACCAUCCAAUCUUGGGUGAGAACCUCCUUCCCUCAGCCAGGGCAUUGAAAAUGGGUUGUGGAUGGGUAUUCCAGCAUGACAAUGACCCAAAACACACGGCCAAGGCAACAAAGGAGUGGCUCAAGAAGAAGCCCAUUAAGGUCCUGGAGUAGCCUAGCCAGUCUCCAGACCUUAAUCCCAUAGAAAAUCUGUGGAGGGAGCUGAAGGUUCGAGUUGCCAAAUGUCAGCCUCAAAACCUUAAUGACUUGGAGAAGAUCUGCAAAGAGGAGUGGGACAAAAUCCCUCCUGAGAUGUGUGCAAACUUGGUGGCCAACUACAAGAAACGUCUGACCUCUGUGAUUGCCAACAAGGGUUUUGCCACCAGGUACUAAGUCAUGUUUUGCAGAGGGGUCAAAUACUUAUUUCCCUCAUUAAAAUGCAAAUCAAUUUAUAACAUUUUUGACAUGCGUUUUUCUGCAUUUUUUUGUUGUUAUUCUGUCUCUCACUGUUCAAAUAAACCUACCAUUAAAAUUAUAGACUGAUCAUGUCUUUGUCAGUGGGCAAACGUACAAAAUCAGCAGGGGAUCAAAUACUUUUUUCCCUCACUGUAUGCUUGGUUCUGGCUUGUGACUGGCUUAUUCUCCUCCAGCUCUGUUGCUCUAUCAGCCAAUGAGAUGAAAGGGUUUUGUGUCCAUCUCACACUGCACUGGGCUGGCUGAGGGAACUCUAUAACAUUAUAGGUAUAAUUUUUUUGCGCAAGUCUUCCAUUGACAAUGAUUUACUCAAAAGUCAAGAGUGGGCCCGUAUUCAUGAAGCGUUUCAGAGUAGAAGUGCUGAUGUAGGAUCAGUUUAGCCUUUUAGCUCGUAAUGAAGAUUAUUACAUGGACAGGGUGGGACCUGAUCCUAGAUCAGCACUCCUACUAAGAGACGCGUUCUGAAACAAACAUAAAGGCCAAUGUUAGGCUACUACGUACUGUAGAGGUCAAAGGGUCAAAGACAACUGGGUUAUCCUACCUUCUAGUUAGUUAAAGACUGUUUCACCAUGACUAGCCUCUUGCAGUGUGAAGACACAAGUUGAUCCCAGAGGGAGUUUUACAGGCUCCACAGCAGCCCUGUUUUCUUUCUGUCCCUUCCCUUUGGGAAUCCAUUUUGCUUUUUGCUUUGCUGUUCUUUCUGCUUGUUGAUUCUCUUCACAAAGCUGACUGCAGUCUGUGUGCUAAGUUUGGUUCACUCCCCGCCGCCCGCUUGCCUUCUCCACACCAGAAAACAAAAGCUGAUUUUUAAGUUUAGCUCUGGAUUAGACACUAACUAACUACCAACCUCACUACCACCACAGUAAUCACAACAAGAUAACCGUCUAGCACCACCACCACCACCACCACCACCACCACCACCACCACCUGUCUCCCUCCCUCUGUUCAACUACAGCUCUUUCUUCUUUGUGCUGUUCUGUUCUUUAUAUAUCUACAGCUCAGACGACGUGUCGCCCAAUCGGCCGGACUCCUCUCAUGUCUACCCUCCCCCCGGGCCAGGGGAGGAGCGGCUGCCCCCUCCCUACCCCACCUCCACCCUACCCCAUCCCGCCACCCACCACUUUUACCCCCACCCCAAAAUCCUACCCUGCGCACGCCCCGUGGCCCCAGGGCCAGAGUCCCAGCCCCCCGGCUCCCCUCCUCUCCCGCUGCGCUGGUCUGGCUUCACCCCCCCUCUCCCGCCUCCCACCUCCUCCUCUUCCUCCUCCUCUUCCUCGCUUGACAUCAACUCGAACCCCAAACCCAGCUGCCUGCAUUUCCCCUCCAAACACGCCCUCCCGCACGGCCACCCGCUGCCAGGUGACAUGUCGCUGCCGCCGCAUGCUCCCCCGCCCCCCGAUAUGGGUAAAGCCUCGCCCCUCUACAUGAAAACCCCCCUGGUACUGGCCCGUCAUGACCUGUCCCUGGGCAUGAGCAUGGGCAACCCCCCUAGCCUGCUGUCAUCCGCCCCCCCGCUGUGGGCUACCUGUCCCUGUGCCAGAGAGAGAGGACUCCCCAGGCUGACUAGGUAAAUACAAUGCCUGCCUGCCUGCCUGCCAGUCUGCCCUGCGCACUGCGCCUGCCCUGCCAACCUACUGCCUGCCUGCCCUGACACUGAGACAGACAUACAGACAGGCAAACAGAUGCAGGCGGGUAUGGAUACACCACCCACUACACCACAGAGAGAGAGAGAGCAGAGAGAGAGAGCAGAGAGAGAGAGCAGAAAGAGAAAGCCUACCAGCUUUUUUCCCCAGGUGGCCAAAUGUCCUGUCCAUGUCCUUUAUCUUGCUGACUCAUAUUUUUGUGUUUUUGCUGGUCUCCAAUCCCAUAUCUCAGAAUCUGUAACAUUCAUGUUGCCGGGGGAUGUCUCUCCAGGGGGUGCCUAGCAACUGAGGAUGUUACUGCCUUUUGCAGAGAGUGCAGUAGAGGCUGGUGUAGAAUAGAAAAUAAAUAAAAACAUGAAUAACACUGCAUAUGGUUUUCUACAAGCAUAUUAAUGUAUUGCUAAUGUAGUUUACUAAAUCGUAGCGAAGGUUUUCCUGGUCAACAGAUACACAACUUUUGGAGAUUCCAAACUCAUAAUUGUUUACUAUAUCAAGUCAAUCAAAAACCAGGAAGUCAAUCAGAAGACCAGGAAAUCAAUCAGAAGAUCAGGAAGGCAAUCAGAAGACCAGGAAGUAAAUCAGAAAACCAGGAAGUAAAUCACAAGACCAGGAAGUCAAUCAGAAGAUCAGGAAGUCAAUCAGAAGAUUAGGAAGUCAAUCAGAAAAUCAGGAAGUAAAUCAUAAGACCAGGAAGUCAAUCAGAAGACCAGAGCUGUGUUCGAAUACCCAUACUAACAUACUGUAUACUACAUACUUAAUGAGUAUAUACUACAUACUAUAUACUAUUAGUUCAUGUUAGUAUACUGUAAACGAACGGUAUCCUUUCAGUUGAGCGUACUAGCGCUUCACCUGUUUACCGGAAGUUGAUGCUGUUGCUAUGCAACCUCUUGCUAGCUUGUUAGCAUAACAAAUGACUAGUUAGACAUUUUACGAUUUCGGGUGUGUUCGUAAAUUCAAUCUGGAGUGCCAGAGUGCGCUCAGAGUGCGCAAAUCCAGAACGUUGUCACACUGGAUGCUCUGACGAGGAGUAGGGUUGAUCCGAGCCUUCUGACCUCAUAACGGCAGUCAAGCAGCCAAGCUAACGUUGGCUAGCUUGCUAGCUACUUCCAGACACAAAUAAGAGAACACCUCACUCUGACCAUUUUACUCGCCCUAGCAGAGCUGGUUAGGCUGUUUAUAUGUUAUCCAGAGCGUUGGUGACUGUAACUGUGCUGCUGGCAACAAUUUAAUUACAAUUGUUUUGCCAAUGUUCAACGGGUGUUGAGUGUUCAUAAAUCCAUCAGUUAUUCUGCGCUCUGGCACACUCAGAAGAGAGUGCUAUGAAACCAGAAUUAACAAUGUCCAUUGAGAACGCACAAUGACUAUACCACAUAGCUAAGAAUGACGUGAAUAAUCAAAUCAAUAAACGUUGGGUAGUUAGUUAGAUAGCAUAUAGUUAAUAUACUGCCUGGCAAGUUUAAUGUAUUAGUAGCCAACUAACGUUAGGUAACUAGCUAACAUACCGGUACAUACUGCUGUAAUGCUAUGCGGUUCGUAAGGAUAGCGUAGCUAACAAAUUGUCAGCCAACAUAACGUGUAACGUAACUUAUUUGAAAAGUCAUUACUUUAUUUAAUUCCUCAACAUUUUCUUAACAUUUGUCAUAAUUAGUUAAAGCAAUAAAUUUGUAUCCGCUCUCGUCGGACUUCAGCUGCAUAUUUUCCGCCAUUUUCUUCAAAUCUGAUAGCGUUGUGAAGCCACGUCCAUUUUCUGAAGAAUUGCAUAAUGGGCAUACUAACUACUGUAUCCAUACUAUGACCAAUAAGCAUACUACAUACUCAAUUUACGUCACAAAUAGUAUGGUUAGUGCGGUUAGUAUGAGUAUUCGAACACAGCUCAGGACUUAUUUCUGGGGAAUAGAAGACCCAAAUCUUGUGCUCAAGUGAUGUCUCUUGUGAUCCACAGUCACCAUCCAAUAACCUGGGAAUGGGGAGUUCAGGCUCAGCAAUCCACAGUCACCAUCCAAUGACCUGGGAAUGGGGAGUUCAGGCUCAGCAAUCCACAGUUACCAUCCAAUGACCUGGGAAUGGGGAGUUCAGGCUCAGCAAUCCACAGUCACCAUCCAAUGACCUGGGAAUGGGGAGUUCAGGCUCAGCAAUCCACAGUUACCAUCCAAUGACCUGGGAAUGGGGAGUUCAGGCUCAGCAAUCCACAGUCACCAUCCUGUCCUCCAAAUACAGCAGCACACCUAUAACAGGACUAUAUUGCACAACAGAUUAUAUUUCAAGACUCUCAGCUAGAACCACGGUGGUUGAAUGAAUUUCACAAUUUAACACAACUAUUCUAUAACAGCACUAUUUAAUAAUAGCACUAUUAUAAAAAAAUACUAUUUAAUAAUAUAACUAUUCUGUAACAGGACUAUUUAAUAAUAGCACUAUUCUAUAACAGGACUAUUUCAUAAUAGGACUAUUCUAUAAAAAUACUGUUUAAUAAUAGCACUAUUCUAUAACAGGACUAUUUAAUAAUAGUACUAUUCUAUAACAUGACUAUUUCAUAAUAGCACUAUUCUAAAACAGGACUACUUCAUAAUAGCAUUAUUCUAUAACAGCACUAUUUCAUAAUAUAACUAUUAUUUAAAAAAAUACUAUUUAAUAAUAUAACUAUUCUGUAACAGGACUAUUUCAUAAUAGCACUAUUCUAUAAAAAUACUAUUUCAUAAUAGCACUAUUCUAUAACAGGACUAUUUCAUAAUAGAACUAUUCUGUAAAAAUACUAUUUAAUAACAGCACUAUUCUAUAACAGGACUAUUUCAUAAUAGAACUAUUCUAUAAAAAUACUAUUUCAUAAUAUGACUAUUCUAUAACAUGACUAUUUCAUAAUAGCACUAUUCUAUAACAGGACUAUUUCAUAAUAGCACUAUUCUAUAAAAAUACUGUUUAAUAAUAGCACUAUUCUAUAACAGGACUAUUUAAUAAUAGUACUAUUCUAUAACAUGACUAUUUCAUAAUAGCACUAUUCUAAAACAGGACUACUUCAUAAUAGCAUUAUUCUAUAACAGGACUAUUUCAUAAUAUCACUAUUCUAUAAAAAUACUAUUUAAUAAUAGCACUAUUCUAUAACAGGACUAUUUCAUAAUAGCACUAUUCUAUAAAAAUACUAUUUAAUAAUAGCACGAUUCUAUAACAGGACUAUUUAAUAAUAGCACUAUUCUAUAAAAUACUGUUUAAUUAUAUAACUAUUCUAUAACAUUACUAUUUCAUAAUAUCACUAUUCUAUAACAGGACUAUUUAAUAAUAGCACUAUUCUAUAAAAUACUAUUUAAUAAUAUAAUUAUUCUAUAACAUGACUAUUUCAUAAUAGCACUAUUCUAUAACAGGACUAUUUAAUAAUAACACUAUUCUAUAACAGGACUAUUUAAUAAUAACACUAUUCUAUAACAUGACUAUUUCAAGACUUUGUCAUCUUCUGUAUAGCAGGUAGACUAACCUGGCUGUUGACUUGUAUUUCCCCCUUCUCUGUUUCUGGCAGUUUCUCUCCAGUCUCCAAAAUCAAAUCAAAUCAAAUUGUAUUUGUCACAUGUGCAGAAUACAACUGGUGUAGACUUUACCAUGAAAUGCUUACUUACGAGCCCUUUCCCAACAAUGCAGAGUUUAUGAUGAAGUAUCAGUACCAGAUCGAUGUGCAGAGGUACCAGGUAUUUGAGGUAGAUAUGUACAUGAAGACAGGGUAAAGUGACUGGGCAUCAGGAUAGAUAAUAAUAAGGUAUUUGAGGUAGAUAUGUACAUGAAGGCAGGGUAAAGUGACUGGGCAUCAGGAUAGAUAAUAAUAAGGUAUUUGAUGUAUUUGAGGUAGCUAUGUACAUGAAGGCAGGGUAAAGUGACUAGGCAUCAGGAUAGAUAAUAAUAAGGUAUUUGAUGUAUUUGAGGUAGCUAUGUACAUGAAGGCUGGGUAAAGUGACUAGGCAUCAGGAUAGAUAAUAAUAAGAGUAAAAUAAAGAACAGAGUAGCAGCAGCAUGUGAUGAGUGUAAUAGUGUGUGUGUGUAUGUGUGUUUGUGUUGUGUCAGUAUGUGUGUGUGUGUUAUGUGUGUGUGUGUGCAUAUGUAGUGUAUGUGAAUGUGUGUGGGUUUUGUGUGGGAGUGUCAAUGGAGAGUGUGAGUGUGUAUAUAUAGUCUAGUGAGUGUGCAUCAUGUCAGUGCAAGAUAGGGUCAGUGCAGAUAAUUUGGGUAACCAUUAAUUGACUAUUUAUCAGUGUCCAGUGUCCAGUGUCCAGUGUCCAGUGUUCCAGUAGAGUCAACACCACUAGACAUGGCAGGGCAUCAGGAGCCAUUAUACCAAUUAUAUAGAUGUCAUAGUCUCAAAUGGCACCCUAUUCCCUACACAGUGCACUACUUUGGACAAGGGUCAUAGAGCUCAGGUCAAAAGUAGUGCACUAUAUUGUGAAUAGGGUGCCAUUUGGGACGUAGACUAUGUCAGUGUUUCAGAAGCAGCCUGGACGUUCCCUUCCCCCUCCAUGACUCCUCAUUCACACACACCCCUAUACUGUUCACACUGACGGUCUCUAGUGACCCCUAUACUGUUCACACUGGCAGCCUCUAGUGACCUCUAUACCCUCUGAAGUACACACUCUCUAGUGACUCCUAUACCCUCUAAAGUACACACUCUCUAGUGACCCUAUAUAGGUGUGGAAGGCCUGAUAUGAUGGGAGCUAGCUAUUAUUAUAAUUACCAGUCAGUAACUGCAGCAACACAACGAUCCAGAUACUAUUUAGUAGGUUGGAGACCACUGACAUUGAUUAUGGUUAUAUGAUGAUGAUGAUGAUGAUGAUGAUGAUGAUGAUGAUGAUGACAGUUAAGAACGGCUCCCUUGUGAAAGAGACCUUGGUCUCAAUGGUCCCUGUUAAAAUAAAGGUCAAAUAAAUGAAGAAGAAGGACAUUUAUGUAGCGAUUAUGCUACGAUGUAGUUUGACAGCAGACACAGCAGAACACUAACAUCCUCUCUCCUUCACCAGUACACUAAGGAGUAAGGAGAGCUCUCCAGUGAUUGGUCACAAGGGGGUGCAGGUGGCAGGUCCGAUGGUGCCCCCUGGUGUUGGCCAGCAGAGCUGCAGCCAGUCGCCCCACUCCACAGAACACAGCCCACACACCUUGCGCAAAGGUCAGCGGUUCAACAUCACAGUCGGAUCAAUAUCUUUGGAUUAUUUUCGUUUUACCUAUACAGCAAAUGUAUGAUUAUUUAAUUUUUUUGAAGGAUCCAGAUUAAGUCUGUUCUUAGAUUAAGCCCUAAACACGUUCCAUGGAGAUUCUCCAUUCAGCAUGAUUUUUUUUGGCCAGGAGUAGGCUUAAUCUGGAUCCAGAAAACAGAUACUUAAUGUAAUAUACAUGUCUAAUCUAAUUUGUUUCUUAUCAAAAUGUUGAUAUUAAUUUGUUUUAUUGUAUAAAGCUGGGGUUGGAACCAAAAUUAUUUUCCAAUCGUUUUGUUCUGAACAGAACCAUUUUUUGUUCCGUUCCACUGUUCUGACCAGCAAAAUAAAGUUCUGAACUGCUUCGAACAAAAAAAAAGUAACGGUUUAUAUUGUUAAUUUCUGUUCCUUUUUACAUUUAGCUCAACAUUAAAUGACUUCACCAAUCAGUGCGGAUAGAGAAGCUUGCUGUAGAGCGAGUAAGUGAUUUAAUCUGUAUAGGAAAGUCGUUAAGAGCAAAUUGUAUUUUGCCGUAACAGCAUGUUUUAAUCAUAAUGAAAGACAAACACACACACUGUGCCAGUCACAGUGUAGGGCGCAAGAUGCAACUGAAAUGUUGAGGGUGAGGAGAGAGCGAGAGAUGAUGGAGGAAGCUUACUUUGAAGCGCUGGCCAUCUUGUUAUGACAUGCAUUAUCUGAAUUGGGCUCACAUAAUUAUGCAGACAGAGGAGAGGCUUCUAUGGAAGAACUUUGAAUGUCUUUGAACUUCAGAGUUGGUUUAACGUUGGAACAGAGCAAACUUUAGCUAUCUAGCUAACAAGCUUGUUUGUGCAGAGCAGCACUAGAAUAAAAAACACAUCUUACCUUUUUGCGGUUAAUAAAUCCAAUGUGAAACGUGAAAACUAUAGUAUCCUUAACUAGAAUUGAAAAAGUAAAUCCAUUCUUCUCUAAUUAAACAUCUCUCCUUAAUUUCUGAAUUACACUUGUAACAUGGUCAGUAGGCUACAGUAACCUAUGCUUCAGAGGGGGAGGGGCAGGUAGCCUACACACGCACACCCACUGGCAGAGAUUCCUAGCUGGCAGGCAGAAGCUGGAAUAAGUUUCUGAGUGACAGAGUGAGGUCUUUGCAUAGGCGCUUUGUUGCGAUUUUUGUGGGACUGGGAAAAAAUGCCCGGAAUGUAAAAAACUUUAUUAACCGGUUCCCAUGCUUUUAAAAUACCGGUUCUGUUCCGGAACAGUAUAGGUCACUUUUGUUUUCGGUUUGGGUUCUGUUCCUCUAAUAAUUUCGUUGUUUUCCGGUUUUCGGCUGUGUUCCCUGAACCAGUUCCAACCCCUGGUAUAAAGGUAGGCUUAGUUUUUAGAUGUGUUAAUUUACUUUAGAUAUUCAUGUUAAUGUUAACUCUCUUCUUCUCUGUCUCCAGGCUCUAAGAAGCUGGCCCCUGUCCCUCCAAAGGUUCCAGCUGGAUACGGCCAGUCGGGUGGUUCUGGUGGGAUUUCGGACCAGUCCACAGGUCAGCCGUCACCGGUCAGCCUGUCCCCCACCCCUCCCAGCACCCCCUCCCCCUAUGGACUGGCCGGUCCCCCACAGGCCCCUGGAGGACUAGGGGCCUCCUCCCCCGGUCAGACCCCUCUCUGUGGCUCCCUGGGGUCCCUGGGGUCCCUGUCCUCCCCCCCUUCUCUGACCGGCACGCUGGGCAAGUCUCGGCCCACCCCUAAGCCCCGCCAGAGGCCCAGCCUGCCCCCUCCUCAGCCGCCCACCGUCCCUCCGCCGGGGGCCAACCCUGUCGGCCCUGGGCCCCUGGAGCAGGGCAUCCUGGACAGACUGUCCCCCGGGGAGAGCAUGUCCACAGGUAAACAACAUGAUGAUCACGUAACCACGGCAACGACACCACCACCCCCGCCCCAACCAUCACAGGUGGGGUCAGGGACGAUGCAGCCGCGUCCCACUCUCAGACUGGCUGUGGCACUGUCCAAUGGAGACGGUGGACAGGUGUAG